GGGUGGGAUGUUUACCGUGCCGCAGCCUCAGCCGUCGCGACCGCAGCAGCAGCAGCAGCCGCUGUUGUUUUUUUAAAGGAAGCCCCGGAAUCCCCAUCGCCAGUCGUAGCCGAUAACCCAGCUCGACUCCCCUCUACGUCACCUGCCCAUCAGCCGCGCAAGUUCCCAAGCGCGGGGCGCCGGGGGUAAGAGCAGCAGCGGCAGCGGGCAGGGCGUGUGUCCGUGACACGGGCGGAUCGAGGGCGGCGCUCGGGCGCGAAGGUGGGCAGGGACAACUCCGCCGCCGAUGCGAGCGGAGACGCUGCCAGUUCGGAGGUUUCGCUUCUCCGUCGAGUCGGCGGCGGCGUCGUGGACGCGCGCUGCACUUUGGUCCCGCGUGGACCGUGGCCGUCCUCUCCUCGCGUGCGCGCCCACGCGGCCCCUCUCCCCGUGACCUUCACUGCCAAAGUCGCCUCGGGCCGCCGCAGCCCAGGGCGAGCCGCUCACCUGGGAACGGCGACCCGCGCGGGCGCGCUGUGAGGGUCAACCUGAAGCCGGGGACACCUGUGGACACGGGGGUCAAGGCGCCUGUCGAGUCGGCGUGCCGGGCCGGUCUGGAUCUCUGGCGGGCGCGGGCGUGCUGAGACCGGAGAAGGGCAGUCGCGCCGCGCGUCUUCCGUGACCCUCCCUGUAUGGAGGGAACGCGUGGAAUUCGGCGAUCUCUGCAAGACUGCUAGGUGGCUGCAGGGGGCACAGCGGCGUCGAGGAGGCCGACCGAGGGAGACUGGCGACGUGAGGAUGGGGCCUCGUGUGGCGAGGGUGUGGGUAGGAGCCAUGUGGUCCCAUGGCAGGUGAGCCGGAGACCAGCUCACCCAUCAGCGUGCUCCAACUGGUGCAGCUGACCGAGCUGGGCAUCCCGUCGGAGCAGGUGAGCUGCGCGCGCGUCUCGCUGGGAGUCGACGGCACGGUGUGCGCCCGCCACACGGACCCCGGAGCCCCCCACCGCUCGCGCGUCUCCCUCGUGGACCCGCGCCGGCCGGCCGAGCGCCGCAGUUGGCCCGUGGGCCACGUGGACUCGGCCGUGGCCAACCCGGGCCGGCCGCUCGUCGCGCUCAGAGCAGGUACAGUUGUGCAGGUAUUCGACGUGGAGAGCAAGCGGCUGGUGAGCCAGUGCCGCGUGAUGCAGGGCGUGGAGUUCUGGGUCUGGCUGGACCGGGACACGCUCUGCCUGGUCACCGACGCCGCUGUGCUGCACUGGGCCGUGCAGCGAGAGGUGGAGCCCGAGGAGGUGUUCUCGCGGCACGCCAAGCUGCGCGGCGCCGAGCUCGUGGGCUACCGGGGCGACCCGGCGGGACAGUGGCUGGCGCUCACCGGGCUCUACCUCGACCGGACGGGCUGCGUUCAGGGCCUCACGCAGCUCUACUCGCGCCACACGCGGCUCGACCAGGUGAUCGAGGCGCAGGCCGUGGCGCUCGCCGAGCUGGCGCUCUCGGCCAACCCCGGGCCCUCCGUGCUCCUCGUCGCCGCCCAGCGCCGCGGCGCCGGCCACAAGGGCAAGGUGCACGUGGUGGAGCUGGGGCCGCACCGCCAGGGGAACUCGGCGCUCACGAGCCACUCGGACAGCCUGCUCUUCCCGCUCACCGAGGCGCGCGACUUCCCCGUCAGCGUGCAGGUGCUGUGCCGGCAGGGUCUGGUGCUGGUGCUCAGCAAGUACGGGCUGCUGUUCGUGGCGGACGCGGACACGGCGACCGUGCUCUGCUGCCAGCGCAUCGGCACGCACACCGUGUUCGCCUCCGUGCCGGACCCCCGCACCCACGGCAUCCUCGGCGUCAGCCGCAGCGGCCAGGUGCUGUCCAUCUGCGUGCGGGAGGAGGCGCUCCUUCGCUGCGUGCCGCCCCACGCCCCGCGUUCCACCGUCCUGCGCCGCCUGCUCGACUCCCGCAGGGACUCGGCUCGGAAGAUCACGGCCGUGUGACGCUCGCCGCGCAGCGCCGGUCUGGCCGGACAACCCGCUCGCCGUGCCGUCCCGUGCGGCUGGCGGCGACGCUGUGCGAGACCCACGUGGGGUCGUCGCUAUUCGCGGGGCGCUGCUGCAAGGCGCCCCCCGAGACACAGAGAUGCACGUAGCUGCUGAGCACCUGCGCCGUUGGCGAGGAACUGGGACGCGGACGUGGGCGACUGCAGUGCCAAGCUAAACUCGUGAGGAUACAAAAAAACCCUUCCAAGUUAAGUGGAGAAAAUAUCGAGGGGCUCUUUGUGGGAUGUUCAAGCCUUUAAACCACACGCAUUCAUCUCUGAAGGCGUAGGCCGAAUGUGUAACGCAGACGCACAUUUGGACGACGCCAUGCCAACCGCACGAACGCGCCAAAACCCGGAUCGUUUUCAAAUCCACCUCGUUUGCCGAGAGGCGUCGUCAUUCCCCCACGGAGGCGUCGAGUUCGGCUUCGCUGAGCAACGCGGGCACGGUGCCAGAGUGUCCCGUCUGGCCCCUGCCCUCCUCCGGUGGGCGUGGACCACUUUGCCGUGCCAACCCCACGGUGGCAGCCGUCCCUCUCCCAAGCCACGCCAAAGGGCACGGAGCCGAAUGCUGCUGACGGGGGAACUCGGAGCGGGUGAGACGCGGGUACUCCCGAGUGUCGCGACGUCUCCUGCCAAGCGAGGCCCUCCCCCCGUCAGCCACCCUGCGGGACACUCGCGUCACGGACUCGCGGCCGUGGCUUCGCGGAGCCCUCUGCCGGACGCUGAAAGCAACAUUGCGACAUGUUUACAGUAUCCCCUUAUUAACUAUGCAUGAUUGCAUUUUUUAAUGUGUAUACGCGUUAUAAAUAUUUGAAGAGCUUUGGCUGUUCACACUGCUGUGAUGCGUUAUCAAAAACAGCAGGGUUGCGGAGCACGCAGAGCGUUGUAAAUAUCGAAUGCAUAUUUAUUAGGGGUGGAAUGACGCAUUGAUUCGUGCAUCGAAUCGCGGGUAUUGCAGUUCUGUACGUUGAGUCAACUCUGCGGCCACUAGAGGCGCGGCCAUUCACCUGCCGAGUCAAUCAAUCGUUCCACCCCCAACGAAUGCGGCGAUUUAUUUCACGAUCAUGCUGCAUGCAGUGCUAUUCAACGCAACCGCGAGAGACGGAGCCUACGGCUAAACCACCAGCAGGCCGCCCACCUGCGCCGACCCCAGUCGACCUGGGAAGCUAAACGAUGUUGCGCCCAGACAGUGUUCAGAUGGGCGACCACCAUGCAAUACAGCUGGUGCCAUAGGUUUGCAAGGCUGUGUUGUAAGUAGUGCAGCAACAAUCUGUUGUACUGUACUUGUAAACCUGCACUGGCCAGUGUGGUGAAGUAUGGUGAAAUAACCCCCAAGGCCCGCAGCAUCGUGUGAGGAGGCCAUCAUCCAGCGGUGGAUUGCCAAAAAUGGCUGUGCUGUACACGUACAGCAAGGGUGGGGGUUGAGUGAAGGAGAUGAACGCAGCGUUGCUUUGCCAAAGUCAAACAACAACUUCUUUAUUUCAACUCGUGAAGCAUAUAAACGUAAACACAAAAUUGCCACACGAGGCGACGGCGGCUCGGAGAGAACAGUCGUGGGAUGGAUUCUCUCGGACGGGCACAGAGGGCACGGCUGGCACAGAGGGCACAACUAAAGCCCCCUGUGUCUUCCUCCCGCACCGCCUGCCCGGACCCCCCCCAGCUGCUGCUACUGCUCCUAUGAUAUUCAUGGAACGUUUGGCUCCGCCGUCAUAAUUUUACGCCGGCAAAAUACUAAUUUUAUCUGCAUCAUAAUAACCUCGGCCAGGGUCACUAUUCCAAUAUUUUGUAACUCAAGACUACGGUUCUGCAACUCAACCACAUGCGAACGUUUUAUUUCGCUGUUUGUAACGUUAUAAUUUUCAACGUUGCUUUUCAGCGCCGAGGUGCCAUUGCUGGUUUUCCCAGGACCGUCCACUUGUUGAGAGUCCUGGGAAGGCUGCGAUUCUUCCCAGGAUGUUCCGAGUCUCGCGGGGUCUUAGUCGUGAGUUGAGUAGCAAUAAACCAACUCCAGUCGAUUCAUGUCCCCUGCGUGCGCCCCUCGCCUACUGCGAGAUUCUUCCUCCCCACCUCAUCUAUUUACAGCCCUGGGCCAGUGGUGUAAACUCUACAUUCCUUUGGAGGGGGCGGGUGUAUCCAUAAGACAAGAACUGAUGACUUUCCCCACAAAGCGUUCCAGGAUUGAUAUGUUUGGGACGCGGCAAAAAUUGGAACACAUCUUCAGACGAUGUGUCCCAAUUUUAUAGUUCCUCAGAGGUGGCAACCCUUGUCGCUUGGCGAUUUGUGGACGGGAGGUGGGAUGAGUGGGUGAGGGGGUGGUGGUGGGUGGGGGAGGUCAGGGCCGUGGUGCGGUCAUUUCACAGUCGGUGCGGGCAGCCUGGUCCGGACCCCUCGCUCUGGAGACGACAGGGCACGGUGCACGAGAUUUGUUAUCGCACGCAAACACGAUCAGCUGAUGUUUUGACGAAUAUAAAACGUCUCUAAAUGCCAAACUCUAUUUCUGAAAAAAUAAUUUUAAAACGUCAGCUCUAAAUAUAUUGCCGAUUUGCAAAAGUUGUCUAUUUUUGGAAUAAAAGAUGUUUAUGAAACAUUCA